CACCCAUCGUUUCUCUGUGGAGCCCCCGCUCGCAAAACCCUUUUUCCCACCUCCAUAUCUCAUCGUCUCCGUCGGCCACCCAAAUCGCUGAAACUUGGAGCCUCUCCGUCCGAAUUUCGAUCGUCGAUCCACACAACCCUCGCCGACACCGCAGGGAUUUAAUCUGCCAUGGCACACAGAUUGCUUAGAGAUGCAGAAGCUGAUGGUUGGGAACGCUCCGAUUUCCCCAUAAUCUGCGAGUCUUGCCUCGGAGACAAUCCUUAUGUUCGCAUGACAAAAGCAGAUUAUGACAAGGAAUGCAAGAUUUGUACGCGACCAUUCACAGUUUUUAGAUGGAGGCCCGGCCGCGAUGCAAGAUUCAAGAAAAGUGAGAUUUGCCAGACAUGCAGUAAGUUGAAAAAUGUCUGUCAAGUUUGCCUUCUGGAUUUGGAAUAUGGGUUGCCAGUCCAAGUCCGAGAUACUGCUCUGUCCAUCAAUUUGAAUGGCGCUAUUCCCAAGAGCGAUGUGAACAGGGAGUAUUUUGCUGAAGAGCAUGACCGCAAGGCCAGAGCUGGUAUAGAUUAUGAAUCUUCAUAUGGAAAGGCGCGCCCAAAUGACACCAUUCUGAAGCUGCAAAGAACAACACCAUAUUACAAAAGGAACAGAGCCCAUGUCUGUAGUUUCUAUAUUCGGGGUGAAUGCACGAGAGGUGCUGAGUGUCCUUACAGGCACGAGAUGCCAAUUACCGGGGAGUUGUCACAGCAAAAUAUAAAAGAUCGCUACUAUGGAGUCAAUGAUCCUGUGGCUCUGAAGCUGCUCAACAAGGCUGGAGAGAUGCCCUCUUUGGAGCCGCCCGAGGAUGAGAGCAUCAAAACCCUUUAUGUGGGCGGGCUUGAUGCGAGAAUCACCGAGCAGGAUUUAAGAGAUAACUUCUAUGCUCAUGGCGAGAUUGAAUCUGUUAGGAUGGUGCUACAGCGAGCGUGUGCCUUUGUAACCUACACUACUAGAGAAGGAGCAGAGAAGGCUGCAGAAGAGCUCUCUAAUAAACUAGUAAUAAAGGGUUUGAGGUUGAAGCUUAUGUGGGGAAGGCCUCAAGCACCAAAACCAGAGACAGACGCUUCUGACGAAGCGAGACAGCAGGCAGCAGCUGCUCACGGUGGGUUGCUGCCUCGAGCUGUCAUAUCUCAACAGCAAAAUCAAGCUAAUGACCAAGCUGCACCACUGCACUACUAUAACAUUCCUCCCCCACCUCAGCCGGAGAGAAACUUUUAUCCUUCAAUGGAUCCUCAAAGAAUGGGUGCCCUUACUCAUUCGCAAGAGGGUGCUUCUAGUGGGUCGACAGGGUCAGGUGAGAACAAACCUGGGCAAGAGAAGCAGCAACAUGCGCAGCAUUUUACUUAUCAACCUAUGCCUCCCCCGCAUGGCCAAUAUCAUCAGAAAUACUAUCCCCCGUAUGGGUAUAUGCCUCCUCCACCCCCACCUUAUCAGCAGUACCCUCCACCAUAUCAUUCUGCAAUGUCUCCACCUCAACGCCCUCUAUUGAACCAGCAGUUUCAACAUUCAGCUGCUCCAGGUUCGACGCUAUCAGGAUCAGCACUGUCAGUAUCUACCCCCCCAGCAUCUGCUGCCUCAGGGUCUGCGCCAUCAGGAUCUAACCCUACAACGUCGUCAUAGCUAUGAAACCUGCAUAGAUGUGUUCUUUUCAUAGUGUAAUAUAUUUUGUUUAGUCGUUCAACUGUCAACUGGCCUUGCACUCCAGAUUUUCGAGAUCUCUGUGGUCAUUAUGGAUCAUUUUCAAUUUGAUUGGUUACUAGUACCUUUUUAACUUUUUUCUAUGCAUUAUGUUGGUGAUUGUUGAAUU